GAACCUUUCUGUUUUGUCUAGGGAGAUGCCUUUUGUAAUACCGGUAUAUGUAAACAAGGAAGCGCUUUUUAUGUGUCAAGACAAGGAGAAAUAUAAAUUACAGUGACUGGUUUAAUUAAGCAUAUUUAUGAUAUAUUUAAAAGCGUAACCGCUGAAAACAGAAGAAAGCGUACUGAAACGGACGCAUUCAUUAUCAGAAGCGACAGUAUAUUUAGCGUGUUUCUACGGCAGACGUGGAGUGUUCGUCAAGUCAAACUGCUGCACUGUAAGCAAAGACGAGGACCAUGUUCGGGAAACCGUCUGGCUACCACGCUCUGCCACAGCGCGACAGCGUGUUUCAGUCUAACCCGGGGCUUUAUGUAUCUGCUGAGAAUUUCAUCCAGUACAGCCAUGCGGGCCAUUCAUUCGAUUAUAUCCCAAAAAUCACUGAGAACGAUUUUACAGACAGAUCGCAAGGCUGGAUGUCGUGGAUGUGCCACAGGAUAGUCAUAUUUCUUGUAUUCCUGUUUACCUUCAUAACUUUCCCUGUAUCAGGUUGGUUCGUACUCAAGGUUGUCCCCAAUUAUGAGAGGAUUGUUGUAUUUCGACUGGGCAGGAUUCGCCCCCCAAAGGGACCUGGAGUUGUUUUGGUCCUGCCAUUUAUUGAUCUGUGGCAGAAGGUAGACCUCCGGACAAGAGCGUUCAAUAUCCCACCUUGCAAGGUGACAACCAAAGAUGGCGGAGUGAUCUCCGUUGGCGCAGAUAUCCAGUUCCGCAUCUGGAAUCCUGUGAUGUCAGUGGUGGCGGUCCAGGACCUAAACACUUCAACCAGGCUCACUGCUCAGAAUGCCAUGACCCACAACCUCAUUAAAAAAAGCCUGAGAGAGAUUCAGAUGGAAAAGAACAGGCUGGGGGAAAAGUUAGGGGUGGAGAUCAAUGACAAGACCCGGCCCUGGGGGCUGGAGGUAGACCGUGUGGAGCUGACUUUAGAGUCUGUGUUGAAGCCUCCUGAUGACUCGUUCUCCGGGCCCCUGAUUAUGCCACCCUCUAUCCCCGGAUUGGAGGGGCUCAGCGGGCCAAUCCAGCAGCUGGCCAUGCAUUUCCUUGGCAAUGGCAGCAGCUCAGAAACUAGUCAUAGCAAAGGAGACAGUGUUUCCAUGGUGAAUGAGAAAGUCCCUACUACCCCGCUGGCUGAGGCACGCCUGAGUGCCGAUGAGCUCCUGUCUGCUGUGGAGCUGCUGCUCUCGGAGAAGCUGGUUAGCCAGGUGGGGGCGUGCUUCCAGUUCCACAUCGCUCUCCGCGACGGAACUCACAAGACAUAUUUUCUUGACCUAAGCAAGGGUGCCGGUAGAGCUGGCCAUGGAAUGCCCGAUCAGAACCCUGAUGUUGUGUUUCAAAUGACAGAGGAGGAUCUCCUGGCGAUGUUCGAGGGCACCCUCCGACCAUUCGGGGCCUAUACCAGCGGGCAGCUGAAGCUCCAUGGAGAUCUGAAAACUGCCAUGAAGCUGGAGGAAGUCAUUAAAGUGAUGAGGCAGCAGUGAUGUGAGCGGAUUACUGACGAACCACUGAUGUUAUCUAAGGUGGAGUUGGUUCGGUUAGAGAAUAACAACAGGGUUGUGUUGUCACUGUGUUUUGAGCACAGGGUUUGGAGUAAGGGCAUCCUGGUUUGGAUCCCAUCUUGGCCAUUAAUUUGCUGGUGUGUUAUGGUGUGUCCUUUGACCUCCUACCUACCCUAACUGAAAAUGUUUUUCUCAAUUUAAGAAUUUCUUCUGUAUUUUAGUUUUGUCCCCAGUGACAGGGUUAUAGUGGAGGCACGUGAACAUGUUUUACACUGACACUUUUAACUGAAAAUUGCACUGAAACCUCUUUUGGGUAUUCCCAAGCACACAUACUUAAGGGUUCUGAAUCUAGAUCAUGGUGACGGCAGUCUACCCUCUAAUUAGUGUGAAAAUGAAGGUCUUAAUAAAUGAAGUCUUAAUAACCACCUGUCCAACUUGAAUUAAACUUUGCAUUAAUAUUAUGUACAGAAAGUUAUUCAGUAUACUGUAUGUCAUAAAGACCCUAAUUUUACAGGACAUCUGAAACCUAAAAUUACCAGAAGUAAUGAAGCAAUAUCCUGGGAAGCAGUUGUCUGUUUUCAGAAAUCUCUACAUGAGUCAGAUCAAUGGGUCCUGUAAUGGGUUGUUUAUCUCUUCACCAGGGUUGUGUAUGUUACUGACAAACUUUGUCGUUUCUUGGUUCUCAAUUUGAGUCAAUUUGGUAGCACAAAUUCUAAUCAAGAAAUCUGCCACUGGGGCAAGAUACAGUGCUUGUAUUGUGUAAUUUUUGUACUGCUUUUAUGAUAUAGUUGGGAUUAUUUAUAAAACAAUUUAUUAUACACUCAUAACUUAUGGUAGACUUUGGCUUUUCCCUAACCUGCAACGUCACACGUUUCCACUGAAACUAUCCUAACACAUUGCAUACAUGUGUUUCAGCAGUAAUUCCUGUUCAUUGUGGUAGGUCUUUGGUUUCUCUAGGCGUUGGCUGCACGAAAGUCACUGCAUUGCAUGGUAGAGAGUUUGUCAUUAACUUCAGCUCCUAGUGUAGAGAGGUGGCUGACACAACCUGCAAGGUGUACGAUACAAUGUUGAUUUUUAUAUAGCUCCUUUCAUGUGGUCUAAAAGUGGUACUAUUAGGCUAAAGCAUUUCAUGGUGCUGAUUUACUUUGGAAAGUUUAUUCUUUUAUAUGUGUGUGUGUGUGUGUGUAAUUGCAGUGCUAGUGGAGAAUAACGUUGUUCCUUUUGUAGCACCCUAAGUGUUUGUGUGUGUAGUGGCUCAUUAUCCUCAGUAGAUGGCAGUGUGGAAUAGGAAUGUGUUCUGCCCUUCUGUCUGUCCCUAUGUCACACUUUAUGUUUUCAUGUACAUAUGGAGCAUGUAGGUCAGCGACAUGUGUAACAAGGCAGGGAGUUAAUAUCCUCCCUGCCAGAAACGUGUAUUUGCUUAUUUUGAUUAUUGUUGAAUUAAGAUUUAUUAGUUAAUUAUCACCUGCACCUGGCUAUUAUUGUAAAUUAGAGCCGGGUGCAGGUUAUUUAAAGAAAGCAGCCAGUCUGCUUGAGGCUGCCGCUGUGUGAAGUAGCCUGGUUGAAUGAGUGCUCAGUCGUAUGAGAAAAAGGUAUUGUGUUAAAAACGGUGUGUUUUUGUUGUUUUGUUUUGUAGCCGUUAAACAGCAUUGCUGUCCGGCGAUAGUUAGGUUCUUGACGUGUGUAGUCAGCGCUCCAAAAACGGAGUUAAGUUUUUGUUUUCGUUUUGUUUAUUAAAAAUAGCGUGUCAGCGCUUUAAAAAUCUCAA